AUGGAUGUCCUUGUAGCAUCAUCGUUACCAUCACCAUCGUUAUCAUCACCAUCGUUAUCAUCAUCAUCGUUAUCAUCACCAUCGUUAUCAUCACCAUCGUUAUCGUCAUUGUUAUCAUCAUCAUCGUUAUCGUCAUUGUUAUCAUCAUCAUCGUUGUUAUCGUCAUUGUUAUCAUCAUCAUCGUUGUUAUCAUCAUCAUCGCCGACUGCAAAGGAGUGCACGCAUCGCGUCAUGCGUGCGCCGGCGAACGAUGCGUGCAUUGCGUCACGCACGCAUCCCGUUCGCGCUCCGGGGGGCGCAAAUGCGCACCGCACUGCAGCAGCAAGUUCACGUUCGACGGUACGAGAAGUGCCCGUUGGUGCUGCUGCCGGUGCUGCACACCAAGGUUCGCCACCUGGAUCGUCAACGACAACAGGCCAAGGUCUGAACAGCUGCCUGAGUAGUUGGCGUCCCGGUACUGGGUCGCGCCCGGUCCGUGCGAGGUCUAGUGUCCCGGCCGACUCACGGGAGUCCAGUUUUACGAGUGUGCCCGACGACACGAGGUCUGCACCUCCGAAACGCACCAGUGCUACGAUGAACGCGGGGAAGAAACUGGAGGGUAGUGCAAGUCCUGACGUUCAGGAGAACGCAUCCUCAGUGCCAAGCGUUUCGGGGCUUUCUGAGUACUACCCGGGAUCUCCCGCCGCUGCUCUGACAAGCCCUCGGAAGGUGCUACGCAAAAGCAUCCAUGUGCCCGGACUUGAGGCGUUUGAGCUGCGGACCGAGUGGUAUGGUGAGCGUCUCUAUGCCACUGAGCCACGGGAGAGGGCGGACUUGACUGCAGAGCGUGCACCCGUCGUUGUGAACGGGAAGCGAACGGCGAGCGCAGGCAGUGCGGCGGGCAGCGCCGGCUCAGAAACCAGAAGCAUGCUGAGCCGACUGACCUCGUUUGCUGCGAGCGGCGCGAGCAUCAUGGGUUUGGGCGGUCAUCAGUCGCAGAACUCGGCAGCGGCAUCGAGUCCGCAGUCGACACAGCUGGUGGGAGGCGGGAGCACUGGUUCGUCGCCUGCCGCUGCCGGCGAGCUGCAAAGUACUUCGCCCUUGGGCGGAUUUCUCAGCAUCGGCAGCUCGGUCAUAAGCCGGCGCGUCAAUUAUGGCUGGGGCGCUCGUGGUACCCAGGUCUCUAUGAUUUUGAUUCCGCAUGCGAUUCUGAGCAUGAUGCUGAUGAAUGCUUACGUCGAGAACGCCUCAGUCAUGGCUGCGUACCGCCGAACAUUCUCCGCAGACAGUGAGUUGCUGGCGUCGACUGCACUCGCAGGCAGCGGGAGUGACGUGAAUGGACGUCGCGCAACGGUCGCAUCGCAGGUUGCCGCGACGUCUGCCGACGCUCUCCGUUCGCUGACGCCACCGCCGUCGGCAGUAGGGGGCAACGGGCGCGAGCGUCGAGGCCUCUUCAGCCGUCGACGCGCGUCCUCGGUGCGGCUAUCCGAUGGUGGCAGCUCUGCGGGAAAUGGCCCUCUCGCCCGCAUAGGUGACGCCACGGCACCCGAGGCUUCCACGGAGGGCAAAGCGCAAUCGCGAUCGCUCAUCGCACCUGAGCUCAUGACCUUGGAUCUAGAGCGUGUAUCCUGCGAGACGGCGGAUAUGCGAGCGGGGCAGCUCGAGCACCUCGCCGCACCAAACGCAGUGCCGAGUCGCUCGAUGAUGAGCUGGCUGAAUCGCUGGACCGGUACCAGCCGCGACAAGGCGCAAACACAUCCAUCCAGUCCUGCGCUCUCAGAGGGUGGCGACGCCUAUGCGGCCGCACCGAGUGAAGCUUGCGAGGUGCGAGCGGAUAUCUGUCCUGAUCGCAGGACGGUAACCACUAGCGCUGGUGGACGUACAUCAAGCUUACCGAGCACCGGAGACUGCGCCGCUGUCGACAAGCGACUACCAGGCGAUCUCGUGCCACUGCUGCUGCUCAACUUUCGUGAUCAGGUCUUCAUCAUUCAGGGCGAUACGAGUGGGCGGGUGCUCCAAAAGUUCCGCUUCCGUGUGCUGCCGACUUGCCAUACGCUUAGUUUGUCUGCCGCAGAGGACACCGUUCUGGCGAUCAUUGGCUUUGCAAACGGUGAGGUUUUAGUACAUCGCGAUCCGCUACGGACGCUGGAUGGAGGCUACGACUGUAUCGCAUUGCCGAGCUCCCUAGCAUCAGUUGCAGAGCAAACAAAGCAGGUCAUGGUCAUGGCGCUAGCGGUGACCAGCAGCCGCGAUCGGCUCAUAACAGCGCGCGGCAAUGGAAGCAUCCUCGUUCAUUCGCUACCACAAGGUCUUGGGCCCGACAAGUAUCAUACCUCGUUGCUUGCCCAGAUUCCAUCCCAUGCUGGUAUCACGAGUAUCUCUGUACACGAGAAUCUGCUGGCCUGUACCAGUCGAGACGGCAUGUUGCACGUGCUCGCGCUGCCGUCGUUAGAUUGGCCGGUGCUCGCCGAAACGUCAGCGAAUCUCCCGAGCGCGACCUGGAUCGCGCAAGCUCGAUCCCACUACGGGGCCUUUCUCUGUAUGGCCUGGUCACCCGACGGUCAGUUCAUCGCUGCGGGCGGUGAGGACGAUACGUUCACCAUAUGGCGAGCGCCGCGAUCACCCUGCGAAGAGAUGCGAUGCCUGGUGCGUGGUCGAGGUCAUUCCAGCUUUGUAACCUCAGUGUGCUGGUUACCCGCUUUGGAACUCGAAUUGGACGGUUACGCUUCCAGUUCCUUGUCUGGACAGGGAUGGUCAUCGGAAGAUGCUGCACCUGCUGCGUUUUAUCGCUUGGCCACCGUCGGACAAGAUGCGCGUCUGUGCAUUUGGGAACUAGACUUGAAUGCACUGCCGUCGCCGCGGAAGACGCGACGUGGACUCGUAGUACCGGAGAUCGAGCCUGCGGUUCGGCAGACCAUCCAUCACGAUGGGCUCACCUGCGUUCGGCUUGCGUCCCUGUCGAAUCGAAUGGUACUGGUGACUGCGGACGAGAGCGGUGCGGUGCGUCUGUGGGAGAUGGUGGCGACGGCAGCUGCAGCUGCGACGGCAUCACCCAAGUCUUCUCUCGAUGCGGGUGAGCGUUGUUUGUCCUGGUCGGAGAAGAACGGGAAUGCGGCGGGUUCACCGGGAUCGCCAACGCAGCGCAUCGAGUACCUGUUGAGCAUUCGAGAGAAGCACUGGUAG